CGCCAUCUUGCUACAGCUGAGAAAAUGAAUGGCGAGUGGCGAAAAAGUCAGGAUUUAACAAAUUAACCUUCUCUUCGAUUUUAUGCCCCCCUAUUUGUGUCAUUGUUUUCUCGAGAUGACUUGGAUAGCUCAAGACACAAAGAAUUUGCCAUGGCUUAGAUUGUCAUGUGUCAAACCACACACUCCCUACUUGUGUCGCACGCAAACACGGGAAUGUCAAAUUUUUGACUGGUGAGGUUAUGGAUAGCUUCAGUACCAAUACAAACAAACAAUGUCUCUGUCACUUUUAUCGCCGUUUUGCCGUCUGUGUGCGACACCAGGAAAUGGUGUCGCACUGACAGAUGUCAACAGUGAGUUAGGCAGGAAGGAAAACUUAGAUUAUUUAAUAAACAAGUAUAUUGAUACACACUUGCUGCUGCCGAAAAAUGACAGAUUAUGCGUCUGUGAUACUUGCAAAACCAGACUGAUGACCUGGAAUUUGUUUAUAGUAUCGUGUCAGGAAGCUCAGGAAAAGAUAAAAUGUGCUUUUAUCAAAAGUACAAAUGAAAUUAAUCAAUGCAAAGUUGGUCUCACUAAUGAAACUGAAAGACAGAAUGCCUCAGGAAGCUCUCUGAAAAUGAAAAGGUCAUCAAACUACUGCAUUGCGCGAUGGUGUAACAAAGGAAAUUAUCGUGGUGUGUCUCUUUUUAGACUUCCAAAAGAUAGAAAUCGUGCCUUAAAGUGGUUAUCAGGAGCUGAAAGACUAGAUUUAAAAAACAAACCAAAUCUUCAUUCAUAUUAUGUGUGUGCAAAUCAUUUCACACCUAACAUGUUUACAAACAAAGCACGCAACCAACUCAUAAGAAAAGCAGAGCCAACACUCUUUCCCCGCUUAUCAUUGUCUAAUAAAAUUGACAAAGAACGUGCUUCUCUGUUUCAUCCAACACAAUUCCAAGGGGUGCAGCUAAAAAACAUACUGCCAAAAUCUUCAUUGGGCUCACUUCCUAGUUGUAGCAAGACCUUAAAUGGAUGUAAAUCAACUUUCCUAGGUAACAGUGGAAAAGGCAAAGAAUUGGAUGUCAAAAUACUUGAGCAAAUACCUCCAAAAGAAACUUUAACCAUUGGUUCUAAUGUAGGACUGGAAGGAAUUUCAUCCAAAUUUACUCCAAUUCAAAAUGUUCUAUACAUUGUAAAUUCUGCCCCAAUAUCAUGCAUGCCUCUAAAUGAAAGCAGUACUAUCUUAUCCGGGAAUCAAGUCAGUCCGUGUGUUACUGCUAUCACAAAUGGAGAGGAUGAAAGUACUGAAAACAUUUUGUUAAGUGGCUCUCUGAAGUUCAAUCUUUUAGCUAAUGUGGACGACAAGCCUUCUGAUGGAGAAUCUGCUUCACUUGGCAAAGUUACUUGUUUCCCUAGAUUAGAGUCAAAUGAAAUUUCAUUUAUGUCAAAUGAUUCCUCAGAAACACAUGCUGAACUCUCCAAUAUAUUAGAGAAAGGGCAGAAAUCUUUCCUUGAUGACCUGGGAUCAUGUUUAGCAAGCGAUGCAUUCAGUUCAACCUCUUUGUUAAAUGUUAAUGACAGUUUUCAAGAUUCCUUUACUUUCAGAGAGCCUAAACCUGGUAGUCCUUACAAAUCACAUUCAAAGCCAGAAAUUUCUGAACAUACUCAACCAAAUGAAAAUCAUGAACCAUCUUCUGUAGGAUCGCAAGAUUUUCUUCUGCCUCAUGUACCUGAAAUGGCUGACAAACAAUCUAACCAUUUUUCAGAACAAACCUUUCCUCUUAAAUCUGAGGUAACUCCUGAAACAGCUUGUGUUGCAUCACUUAAAGUUUCAAGAGACCAUAACUUAAUUCUCAAUCAUGCCAUUGAGUCAAAGUCUCCUACUACAGGUCUGUUUGAUCUACAAGCUGAUGACAAUCACUCCUCAUAUAUCUCUGGUGUAGAUGAAUUUCUGGAUUUGGACCGAUACUUUUAACAUUUUGAAUCUACAUUGAUAAGAUUAUAUUGUCAGAACUAUAUCUGUAUAAUAUUGACAAUAUUUCUCAUGUGUGACUGUACAAUGAUGGCUUGCCGGUAAAAAUUAAACAUUUUUGUUUUUA